GGCUGCAUUUGACAAUCUGCUGUUAAAUGACUGUGGGUGUAAAAUGUGAUGCUGCUUUUUGUAAUUCGUUCCAAUUGCCAGAAAUUGCAUUCUUUGCGCCUGUGAAAUGUACUCAUUGCAGUGGGCUAACAGAAGUCGAAGUUCCUGUAUAAAGACUUUUGCAAUUUACCCAACACACCACAACUUCCUGAUACACUGAAUUGCUAAAUGUGCUAAAGUUAUGUGGAGACAAUGAAGAAAGCAAGCCCUGAUGUCCCACCCUCAGGAUGGGUUCCAGGUUGUGAAGCAGUGUGGCGGGCUCCCACAUUACUGACUAGUGUCCGGCAUAACACCAGCAGAAGAUUCAGCACUACCUCCGAUAGUGGAGACACUGGAAUAGGCACUUCAAGUUCAGACAGCGUAGAAGACCACUCAAGCUCAAGUGGCAUCUCAUCCUUCAAACCAAACAGACCUCAGAUUACCAUCCCCACAGCCCAUGUCAUGCCUUCCACCUCCAACUCUUCAUCAACUAGACCAAGACAUCAGGACAAAGUUGCGUGUGCUAAAUGUAAUAUAUCCCUGACACUGCCUGGCAAGCCAAAAAACUUUUUUGCACCCAAAGCUUCUUUAGACAUGAAGGACCCCAGACCCAUCAGGAAAUGGUCAUCACUCUCCAAACUCAUUGGUGCAGGGGAGUGUAACCCUGAGUGUGGGGCUACUGGGAAUGUGGAUUCUGUAAACAGUAUGGCAGAUCUAUCCAACUGCAAUGUGGAGCCAUGUACUUAUGGAGUAAAUGAACUGGAUAAUUUUACGUAUCGCAAUAUGGAUCAUUUGAGAACUGAAGACACUAAGAGUUGGGGUACGUGUACCAAAGAACCCACCCAGAACCAGUCUUCAAUUUCCAUUGGGCAAUACAGAUUUGAGAAUUUUUAUAAAGGUGCUGGGGACUCUUCUUUUCCAACUACCACAGCCAGCAAAAACCACUUAGAUUUAACGUUCAGUGCCUUACGUGCCACCAAGCCAACCUCAGAUGACUGGGAGGCUUCUGGACAAAGACACAGUUUUAUGCCGAUAAAACACCAACCUGUUUGUGGGGCUACAGCACCAUCAUCCCUGAGGACACAGUUGUGGCUUAGUGACCAGAUGCAAACUAAUUCUCUUGACUUCAGACCUGCUGAAGAAUCUUGUGAUUGUCAACACAAACACCAGCUGGAACAGCUGAGACAGGAAACUGACCCAAUACAGAUGCUCAAUAAGUCACCAUUGCAGGUUUCAAUGGUCUACCCGACUCGGUUAAACCAGGAUGCAAGUGAGAAGGAUUCACAGCUGAAAAUAAAAGAGCAUUUACUAAGAAAAAAGGAUAUUGUCAUUGAAAGCCAGGAGCAGCAGAUUUUUCAACUUCAGCAAAAAAUACAAGAAAAUGAACUCGGAGCACACAAAGCACUUUUGGAACGGUGUGAUCCUGCAUUCACAAUGAAAACACAGUGGCAUGAAUCCCCAUGUGAGAACAUGAGACAUGCACACCUUACAGAAACAUCCAAAGUGGCUGACUCUGGAAAGAAAGACCUGGAACAAAAGUUGUCUGCAGCUGAGCUUGAGAUUGUACAACUCAAUGAAUCCCUCAGGAAAAACACACGAAAAUACAUGGAAGACAUAAAGAAAAUGGAGGAGAAGAUGAAAGCACGGGAGAAAUAUAUCAACAGUCUGAAAAAGAAGCUACAGAAAGAAUCUGAGCAAAGCCACGAGCGGCAACAGAGGAUAGAAACCUUGGAGAAGUACCUCGCUGACCUACCGACCUUGGAUGAUUUUCAGAGCCAGAGUCAGCAGCUUACAAUACUGAAAGAAAAAAAUGAGAAAUUUCAGGACACGUUCAAAGAUUUGGAGAAAAAGCUUGGUGAGAAUCGAAUCCUAUGCAGAGAGAAGGAGUUACUUCUGGAGAGUCAGAAAAAAAGAGAAAAGGAGUUAGUUGCCACUGUACAAAGUUUGCAGCAAAAAGUAGAGAAGUGCCUAGAAGAUGGAGCUCGGCUUCCCAUGCUGGACAUGAAGCAACUUCAGUGUGAGAACGACUACCUCAGGAAAAAGUGUGAACAUGCCAGCAAGGUCAUUGAUGAUCAAGAACAGCAAAUAGAAAAAUGUAACCUGGAGAAACAGGCUUUAGAGGAAAGGUUGACACAAGAAAAGUCUGCCUCUCAGACCUUCCGGAAGGAACUUGGAGAGACACAGAGGAAUCUGCAGCUAUUGAAGGAACUGAUGGAAGACUUUUCAUCAAAGAACCAAAGGGUGUCAGAAAAUUCAACCUUUGACGAACAACCGCAGGAAACAGAAGAGCCCAAGCAAUGCUUAACAGAAGAAACAUCAGCUAUCCAAAAGCUACUGAAAGAAAUGUCCCACUGUCUGCGUGACCUGCGCACACUAUGCAAUAUUCUUACUCAGAGGGCGCAGGGCAAGGAGCCAAACCUUUCUCUGUUACUUGGAAUACAAUCUCUGCACUGUUCAGGUGAUGAAGGAGAGAAUUACCAUAGUGGAGAAAUACUUUCAAAGAAGAUAACUGAUGUCUGUCAACUAAGGAAAGAUAUUGAUGAAUUAAGGACCAUAAUAUCAGAUCGAUAUGCUCAGGAUAUGGGUGACAACUGUAUUACUCAGUGACAAUCUGUUUGUCUUGGGGCAAUAAGGGCAUUGACUGUAACGUUGCUUUAUUACAGUCCUGUGCUCUUCUAUUAAAGAGCCAUGAAGCAAAAUUGCAGCUAAUAGCUGAAAGAAUGAGCCAUGAAUGAAGGUUUGUUGUUUUAUUGAAAGAUGUUGUUGUAGAAUAAUAUGGAAUGUAUGAAAAUUUGCUCCCAAUAAGUUUUUGUUGUUUAUUUAAAACUACUGAAGGUAGAAUCAACCUGCAACAAAUAUGAUUUAAAUUAAAGCUAUUUUCUUUGUUAGAAGGGUAUUUUAUUUUCUAAUUUGAAUCAGGCUGGAUUUAAUAGAGUUGAAGGGGGUCUCGCCCACUGCCUGGAGAGCCGGCAGGCAGGAGCCCCGCAUCGUCUCCUUUGGGGAAGGCCCACCAAAUUAAGUACUACUCAGGUACUGGACAGUAGCGGGCCUUCCCAAGAAUCAAGGAACUGGGGGUGGAACUCCCAUCCACCAAGAGCUGCCAGCCAAUCAGAGGCUGGCAGCACUAUUGAACGGCAGGCCAUCAGGGAGGCAGUGGCUGCUGCCAUCCGAGGCCUAAUAUUGUUGCUGGAUCCCAGGUCACAGGUGAGUGACGGCAGGGUAGAUGUCACAGGGCGGGGGAUCAUGAGGAAGGGGGCUAGCAGCAAGGGCAGUGGGCCUCUCUGCCCAAUGCUGCGUCCUUCAAUCAGGCACUGAGUGCUUUUCAUUGAAGAACCACCCCCUGGGAGCCACAAGCAAACCCGCACGGAUUUGUUUGUCAUAAUCCUCGCAUGGUGAGCUCUCUGCCUGUCGCAGGGUUAAUACCAACAGUGGUGGAGUAAGGCCCUUAAGUGGGUUUUAAUUGCCCACUUAAGGGCCUCAGUUGGUGACAGAUGGAAGGCCGUCCACUGGCCUUCCCACCAUGGACUUAAUCAGGGUGGAGGUGGGAAGGCGGCAGGGUCCCCACCCACCACCCUCCCACUUGGUUAAAUGCCACACACUGCCACCAAACUCGUCGCAGUGGAGGGCAUUAAAUUCUGACUCAGGUGACAAUACUGAAUAAAUUUGCAUUGAUUAUAAAAUAUGUUCAGAUUAAUAUUUUUAACUCUGAACUUAAAUUUCAGGAUCUUAUUUGGCAAACAUGCAAUGUGGUGUGAAACUAACUGUACUGACCUGGAAGGGUAGUGACCUAAUGCCCAGUUUUAUUGAAUUAGCUAUCAGUCAGGUUGGAGAUAGAGGCUUUACAAUUUACCUCAGUGUCCCUAAGCUAAUAAGAGCAAAAUUAAUCAAGGUUCCUGCUCCUUAUAGUUAUCCAGUUGGAAAGUGCUUACAUUCGGAUAGUAGGCUUGGCUGUAAUGUUCUCCUCUAUUCCACCAUAGGUGAAUAACUGAUAAUAUUCACUAUCAAGAUUUAUAUGUAAAGAAUACUCAAUUAGGAGAGAUACCAGAGGUUAGCAGAUAGCUGUAGAAACACCACCUUCCUGACAGGAGAGUUAAAAAAUGGAAAAAUUGUCUGACAAGAAAGUGAAACAUUUCAUGUCCAUUUGAAUAACUCUUAAUUUGCCCCAUUCAGAUGGAUGUGGACUGUGAAAAGAAAUAACAUUGCUGGUCAUUACUGAUAAAAUGCAACUUAAAGUAUUCUACGAAAGCAGCAAUUAUUAUUUUGAGUUCCAAUACACAAGUGUAAAUGUAGAUUCACUGGAUCAUACUCAAAC